UGUUUAUACCAGAAACGACCCACGAAGGGGAAUACAUUUUACAUUUUAAGGAAAUUUAAUUCAUGAAACUAUCAAAUUCACCACGGAGACUACUAUGCAUUGUAUGUUGGCGGGGGCAAUAACAAUAACAAUGUGAACACGGAUACCACGAGGCACCGGCAAAAACAUUAGUAGGGGUGUGUGUCAGAGAGAGUGGAGUGAGUAAGAGCGUGUGCGUGUGUAAGUUACUGUGAUGGCAGUGGAUCAAGGUGUUGUACUCAAGAAAGACGGCGUGCCGGAAAAGCCUUUGGAUGAGCGAAAGAGCUUGGACAAGACAUCCCUGCUGGAGCGCGGGCAGUGGGCCAGUAAGGCCGAGUUCCUGUUGGCCGUAGCAGGGCAGAUCAUUGGCCUGGGCAACGUCUGGCGCUUCCCUUAUCUCUGCUACAAGAAUGGAGGGGGAGUGUUUUUCGUGCCGUACCUGCUGUUCCUGGUACUGUGUGGGGUUCCAUUGUUCCUACUGGAGACAUCACUGGGUCAGUUCACCUGUCUGGGCGGAGUCAGUGCAUGGAGGAGUAUAUGCCCUCUCUUUGGAGGUCUCGGUUAUGCCAGCCAGAUCAUGAUUCUGCACGGUUGCGUAUACUACAUCGUCAUCUUGGCCUGGGCUUUCUUCUACCUGUGCUCCAGCUUUCAGAGCGUGCUGCCUUGGUCCCACUGCAACAACACCUGGAACACAGCGGCAUGUGUGGAAUUUGAUAGACAGAACAUCACAGGCAAUGGGAGUUUGGUGGAAAACGCCACAUCUCCAGUCAUGGAGUUUUGGGAGGAAGAGGUGCUGAAGCUCUCCCCCGGCCCUGAUCAGCUGGGUUCAGUUAACUGGCGUCUGGCUCUCUGUCUGCUGAUAGUCUGGGUUGUCUGCUACUUCUGUGUGUGGAAAGGUGUCAAAUCCACAGGCAAGGUGGUGUAUCUGACUGCUACGUUCCCGUAUGUGAUGCUGUUUAUCCUGCUGGCCCGUGGGGUCACUCUCCCUGGGGCCUCGACCGGAAUCAUCUACUACCUCAAACCCAAUCACACGCGGCUUGCUGACCCCCAGGUCUGGAUGGAUGCUGGAACUCAGAUAUUCUUUUCCUAUGGCAUCUGCCUGGGCAGCCUCACUGCGCUGGGUAGUUACAACAGAUACAACAAUGACUGCUACAAAGAUUGCUUCCUGUUGUGUCUGCUGAACAGUGCCACCAGCUUCCUGGCUGGCUUCGCCAUCUUCUCCGUGCUGGGGUUCAUGGCAGAGGAGCAGGGCGUCCGCAUGGAUCAGGUGGCCCAGUCAGGACCGGGACUGGCAUUUAUAGCAUUUCCGCGGGCCGUUGCUAUGAUGCCAGUACCUCAGCUGUGGGCUGUCUGCUUCUUCCUGAUGAUCAUCAUGCUGGGACUAGACACACAGUUUGUGAGUCUGGAGGCGCUGAUGACGUCGGUGUCAGACCUGUACCCCACGGUGGUGCGUCGGGGCCACCGCCGUGAGCUGUUGCUGCUCGUCAUCUGCGUGAUCUGCUUCCUGGUCGGCCUGAUGAUGGUCACGCCGGGAGGGCUGUAUGUUUUCCAGAUCUACGAUCACUUCUCCUGCAGUGGAGCCAGCCUGCUGUUACUGUCCAUCUUCCAGUCUGUGGCCGUGGGAUGGGUCUACGGCCCAGAUCGCUUCUCUGAGAACAUCAAGAGCAUGAUCGGUUACUCGCCCUCCCCCGCCUUCCGGCUGUGCUGGAAGUACCUCACCCCCACCGUCUGCAUUGGAACAUUUAUGUUCUCUCUGGUGCGCUGGGCCCCGCUGGAUCUGGGCAAAGGCGUGGUGGCCCCUACGUGGGCCUCGGGACUGGGCUGGCUCCUAACGCUGUCCUCAGUGUCCAUGCUGCCACUCUGGGCACUCUAUGCUCUUAUCAACACACCAGGCAGCUUAAAACAGCGCCUGUGCCUUCUGUGUCAGCCGGCUGCCGACUCCCCCCUGGCCCACAAGCAGCUCGGCAACGGCUGCGACCUGACUCUGGACCCCAGUACAUACCCGACGUCCGAGAAGCUUCUCAUGGGCGGCGUCAUCUAGAGUAGCCCUCUCGGCUGGAAACUGGACUGUGUGUGUGUGUAUGUAUGUGCGUGUGUGUGUUUAUGUGUGUGACUGUCAUUGGUGCUAAAGGGUGUCACCAAAAAAGUUUAUGGUAGUUACCUGAGAGUGAGCGGAGUGUGUGUGUGUGUGUGCGUGCUGUUGAUAGGAUAUAGUUACUCUAAUAGCGGGAAAAAAAAUUAGUAAACAAGUAGUUUAUUUUUGUGAGCACAAAUGCGUAAUUUAGUUGCAUUACAUAUAUUCCUGAAACAAACAACCCAAAAAAAAACAGAAAAACAAAACAAUAUUCUGAAAUCAUGGUGAAAAGGUACUAAUUAUGUUGGAGAUAUCCAGUUUACUGAAACGACUCCACUCCAGAAAUCUUACAGUCUCACCACUAGCUUGAGAUUUCCCCACCAAAAAAGAAACACUUUUUGCGUUUUUGUGUUCCAUUGUAACUGUUGAGGGGAGGGUUUUUUUUUGUACUCAUUGCACAAUAAAAAAUGUCAUUAUACUCUUUAAA